AUGUUUAAUGAAAGUGAUCAUCAAAUAAAUAUUGAAUCUCUGCUCAAUCAAUCUAAAGAAUUGCCUAAUUUAUUGGAUCCCUCUGCUACUGAAAAUAAUUCAUUAAAUUUAUAUAUAACAUUAUUUACUAUUAUAUAUAUAUAUUUGAUAAUAUUCGUGGGUGUUAUGAUUACCCCUGCAAUAAGCCAUACAAUAUCAAAUCAGCAUCUUUCACAUUUAUCUACUAACACACUAAACAAUGAUAAAGAUGAAAUAAAACAAACAGAAAUUGAUACAUUUCAAGAUAUUGAAUGUGACUAA